AUGGUGCAACAUUGGUUGCUUCUUCUGGCAACGGUUGCUUCACUCGGCACCGGAAAAGUGGCUCACAGAAGUUUGCCCGGUGACACAACCGUUGGCACGUUGUUUAGAGCUAAGCGUUUUUUGUUGUUUCCGAUAAAUGCGCAACUGUUGUUCACCGUGGCAGGAACAAAAGGCUUAAUUUUCAAAGGUCCGGGAGGCUACUUCGUACUGGCUGAGUUGGACCUUUAUCAUCCUCUCCCCGACUAUCGCUAUCGGAUAUCUUCGUUGAGAUUAGGUGAAACGGCUAUGCUGCCGGAAGAGGUGUCAAAAACGGGUCCUGUUAUGGUGUCAAAUCCUUCAUCUCCAACACCGCUUCCCUUGGAAAUGCAAACCGAACUUCACCAUGAUGAACCGGAACUGUCCUCAAUAGAGAUUCAACAGUAUCUGAAAGAUCAUCCCGAGACGUGGAUUCCAGCCGGCUACGAACAAGACCAGUCGGACUGGUCUCCUUACAAUCCAUCUCGAUAUGAUCGACCGACCCAUCUUCCUGUUGGUUAUGAAUUUCCGGAAGUGAAUGAUCCGUUCAAUACAAGUCGACAUCGUGAUUGGGAGCAUUUUUAUCACUACCGGGAGCGGCGAGAGCUGUACCAUUCUUUGGAGACGGAAAUUGGUGAAAGAUUCGAUUUCCCGAUGAAAUCUUGCAUUCUGAGAGCGAUUUGCGAAGUGCGCAAAUAUUUUUUACCACCGGGAAAAUCGAUGAUUAUGGACAUUAUUCAGAUUGUUUUCAGAAUACCGUUGCACGAAGAGCUUCAGGAUGAGUACAGCUCUGCCAUGAGGGAGGAGAGUCGUGAUUGUCAUAAAUUAUAUGGAAAAAAAUGUCCCAUAAGCAUCGUUUAUUUAAUCUUGUUCGGAAAAUUUGUUAGAUAAUAAAAUGUACACCGACUGCUAGAUAAUCUUCUUCCACUCACUUAAGGUUAGACACUGUUUUCCGCUUCCUCUGUACUGACAAGCAGACACGCUUCCUGUCAGUAUAAAUAUGAUGGAAGAUUCCGCCGGGAUUCGUUACCUGAUAUUCUCAAAGGUUAUUUUCACCCACCCCUGGAGCCAACGGGAAAAAGAGAUAGAAGUUUUGCGUUGAAAGUGAAUGUCGUAACAAGUAUUUUUUUCUUCAUGCUGAUAUCUGAAAGAGCUUUCCUAUAUCUUCAUGAGCUUGUGCUCAAAUACUAUUAGUCAGGUAAUUUUGAUUUGAAACCAUGAAUCAUUCGAUAGAUAGGAAUAAAGUUCAUUUAUGAUUCACGAAAGUAAUUUCAAUUUUUUUGCUCUGUGGAAAAAAAAAAUAAAAUCAAGAA